AUGGAAUAUACCAAUGUGCAUCGAGCAUUUCUGCAAGCUUGUUCGAACCACGGGACAUUAAGCAAGGAAACUGCACUCGACAUUCUCAUAGGUAUCUACGCCCGAUAUGGCAACGAUGAUACCAUUCCAAACGAAACGGAUGUCACCGAUGUGGUGGCCAAAAUCAAUGAACGCAUCCAUCAAUUUGAUCAGAGGAUUGUUUACUCACACUUCGAACUACUCGAUAGUGACUUUUACGUGUUUGUCAAUCUGCAAGAGUCACCGAUCGAUCUGCAUCAGAAUGUCUACACUGCACCGGAACUUCAUUUCUUUCGUGUAGUGCUACGUGAGCUUACGUUGAGCGAGGAUCACACGCUGACCACUAUAAACUGUCUCAAUCUUACCAAUGACACCGCGAGUGAGACGAUAAAACCCCUUCCUAAGACACGCGCAGAACAGUUGCUGAACGAAUGGGAAGAAUUGGGUUACUUUCUAGUGCUGAAUGAUAAGUUUCAUUUUGGACCGAAAUCGGUCGUAGAAUUUGAAAAGUACCUGAGCAAAAACUACGCCGAUAUUAUAACGCGCUGCUGUCUUUGCAACGUCACUAUAUUCUAUGGUGUUCGUUGUGCAUCCUGCCCGCAGAUUCUGCACAAAGAUUGUUUGAAAAAGUAUCUUCGUCGACUAACAAAUUGUCCUGCAUGUAAAAAAUUGUGGAGCGUGCCAAUAUAG